AUGGGAACUCCAAGAGGAAUUCAUUUUAAGUGUUCUGACAAAUUGAGCGUUGUGUUGACGAUACUGUGUGUUGCAUUUAAAGGUGUUUCGUCAUGUGAUCCCAAGAACUGUAUCGUGAGUGACUGGGGUCAUUGGGGUGUAUGUUCCCGGAGUUGCGGUGAGGACGGGGUGACGGUGAGAACACGGAGCGUGCUACAAGAAGCGUCAUGCGGCGGAAGGUGUGACGUCAACACCACUCAGACGGCUGAGUGCAAUAGAUGGUGCUGUGCCAAGGACUGCCGUUACUCCGACUGGUCAGACUGGUCUGACUAUGUGUGCUCGCGUGAAUGUGAUAACACCACAGAAAGAGCCCACAGGAUGAGGAAACGCGAACUCAAAGAAUUUGCCAAGUGUGGUGGCUAUUGCAGCAUGCAUAUCCAUGAGCGGCAGUGUGGCCAUCUUUGUUGCUAUCGCGACUGCGUGGAAAGAUGGUGGAUGGAAUGGGGACCUUGUGUGGGGCAGUGUGAACAGAAGGGUGUUCAGAGCAGGAGAAAACGCGUCACGCAAGAACCCGCAUGUGGGGGUAUCCCCUGUUCUGAAGCCACGGAUGAAAGACAGUGCUAUGCAGGUUGUUGUCCAGUCAAUUGCCAUGUUGGUGAGUGGGGCGAAUGGUCAGUGUGUAAUUCCACCUGCGGGAAUGGUCACUUGUAUCGGUCAAGGUUUGUCCAGCUAGCAGAGUGUGGAGGGCAAUCGUGUUCUGAUCCCACAGAGCUGCAGGUCAACGAAUGUUCCAGCUAUGUGGACAUAGAUUGUGUGGUUAGUAUAUACGGGUCGUUCAAUAAAGUUAAUUUCUAACUACAAACAACAACAAUAAAAAGGAUAUUCUUUGCCAAGCUCUGAUCCAUGUAUUUUCAAGAUAAAUAUAUAGAUAAUGAUAUGAAAGCAAUAACCGAAGGUGUGCAAUCUAGGCGAAGUCGCAAUAUCAGAAUCGGUCUAAUACAAAUCCAGGUAAAGUCGCAAUCUUAGAACCGGUUUUAUCAUACAAAUCUAGGUUAAGUCGCACUCUCAGAAUCGGUCCUAUCGUGCAAAUCCAUAUAAAGUCAA